AUGAUCGAAGGUAUGAAAUCAUCCCAAUACGUCAAGGUGGGGAACUUGGGACUGAUAAGCUAUUGGAUAGGGACUAAAGAGGAAGACUUCUUUUGGAAAGCUAACAAUUCUGGUGUUGUUAUGUCACUUCUUAAUGGAUUAUUAUAUUCGGAGCUGGGGACUAGCAGGAAAAGUUGCUGGAAUAACAUCCUAAAUCGUGAAGGAGAUGAUGAGGUGGCA